AUGUUCAAAAAUUCCUUUAUUUCGGGCCGUGUCACCCUCGAAGCCGCGGGUCUAGUCGCCCUCGCAGAUCUCUCGACUGUCGCGAUGAGGACAGCCCUGACGGGCACAGCCUCCUACAUCGACGCUCUCGUCCUCGCACCAGGAAUGCAUCAACAGCAAUCUGCCGACGAGGUUAAUCGCGGUGAAACGCCGAUAACGGGUGCGAUGACUAGCGGAUACUUCUUCCAUGUGGAGAAUCCCGCUACUGUCAGGUACCUACAAACCAUUGGGUGCACCGGUCACCUUGUUACCGCCCACGUAUCCCCAAACCCCUCCUUCAAUAGCAUGCUAUCCAGAAACAAUCGCCUAAUCCAGUCCUUUGUAGUCGCUGGGAUUCCUGCAGCUCUGCUUUAUCUCCUGUGUCCCGUAUUGACUAUUGCUGUGUUUGCGCUACUGGGCGCUAUUCAGGACUGGUGGGCAUUCGGGGUGCUGUGGAUGCUUGUGAUAGCCAGGUCAAUCAAUGUGGUCGUCGUCAAGCAGAGAAGUGUGAAAGGAUGGAAAGGUGCGAAAGAGAGAAGUGAGAUAGGUGAUCUCUUAAUUCUUUUGAGCCAAGAUCGCUGGGUGCGCUUGAAGGGGUCAGUAGAUGAUCUCAAAGCUGUGACCGCAGGCCAGUGGUUGCAAGAGAUGUCUGACAUGGAGAGCUUUGCCGUUGCAUUUGCGACGUUGCUGGUCUACAUGUGUGCUGCUCUUGCUGGUAACGCAUCCAGGGUGGGGAGCCUGCUUAUCGCAUGCCUCCUCUUGUGCUCUGUCGCUCUCUUGGGUCUUUGCAACUCAUUGACCAAUUGUUUGCAAAUGUACGAUUGCGUUGUUCGUGUAGAAGGAGAGCCGAAGCAAUACAAACGGAGACUGGAUAUGGCAGCAGACCUCAUUGUGGAAUCUGGGAGGAGGGACUGGGCAAUUGACAUAGGGCUGGUUAAGCAUGAUGAAUCCAUCAAUUGUGGAGAAUUUGCUUUAUAG